AAAGCGAUGCAACAUUACAAUAUGGCGAUUCAGCAUGUUAUGUGACAAGACAAUUUUUUGAUAUUUCCCAUAAUGAACCCCAACGUCCAGGGACUAAACUUCCUGGAUGUAACAAGCUUAGAUCCUCAAGAACAGCAGAGGGUAAAUGACAUACUGUUUGGACAGAGGAGCAGAGUGUUGGGAAAGGUGGAAUUUCCAUGGGGAAAUUUAGAGCCAAGAAGAUUUGGGGAAGGAGAUGUUGACUGUCACACUCAACCUAAUGUCUCUGCCCAGGGACUCUCAGACUCAUCUGUACAUCACACAGAAAAACACCCCGAACAAGCUAUAAGCAGUAAUGCUACAGACAAAAUUGUGUGUAAUUCUGAAAAGGCAUUUGAAGUGGAAAACUUUUAUAUAAAUAAUGCUAAAACCAAGGAACAGUCAACGAACAGAAAUGCUGGGAAACCAUAUGAGAGGAGAAACAAAAAGAGAAGACCUCCAGAUUACUAUCAGAGGUUUGAGGAAGCAGCUCAUGUGGAAAAUUCCAUUUUGACAGGCAGUCAGGAGGAAAGUAGACCUUUAAUGUGGCAUGAAGAGGUGGAACAGUCUCUUCCAUUGCUAGACAAUCAGGUGGACAGUUUUCCUGCCACAGGAAAUUUUUCUUCACAAGGCAACUCCUACUUGGAGCAGAGAGGUGUUCAUUCCAGUAACAGUGCUCAGACAGAUCAUUAUCCACAGCAUCAGAACUUUGGUGCUAACUUCCAAGGAAAUGUUACUAUUGACAAUUUGAUCUCAAAACAGCCAGAAUUCAUUCCACCCAGCAGAUCAUCAGAGGAAAUUUGUAGUCAUUCAAGCAAUUUCUCACAAUGGCAGCAGCCAGUUCUAACAUCUGCAGAUACAUAUAAUUCUUCUUCUAAGCAAUCUGCUCCAAUUUCACAGUUCAAUGUGUCUGGUUUUGACUCAGCUUCAUUCACAAAAGUGUCCCCAUCUAUGCACCAUAGUGGGCCUUCCCAUGAGACCACUAACUUUGUAUCAACACCUUCUGUGAUGUCACAUGGAGUUUCUUAUGCUGGAGGAAGCACAGAAAUCUCUUCUACUAAUGCAUCCUUCCAGACUGAAUCACAAAACAUUGAAAAAUUGUCAGAACACAUUUCAAUGGUAUCUGUGCAACAUCCAGCACAAAAUGUGACACCAAAUACUUGUAGUAAUAGUAAUUUAGCUCUUGAUGGCUCAGGAAAAAAUUCCUCCAUGAUCCAAGAAUCAUCUGUUGAUUCUUUCUCCUCAUGUAUCCCCCCAGUUUCUAGUCAGCAUUUGAUUGACCAAGAAUCAAAAGACAAUGUGGAUUCAGCAGAUCAACCUCUCACAUUUGAUUUUGAUCAGCCUCGCACAGACCUGGACCCAGAUCAAUAUCCAGUUUUGGGUAAGACAAGCGGACCCUUUUCUGAGGAAUCCCCUAGAGACUCAGCAGAAGGGUUAUCUGUACAAAGUACCUCACCGCAAAGUGUUCCUCCUCAAGCUGUCAAACCAAAGUCUGCAUCAUGGGCGGGGCUGUUCAGUAACGUAGACCCAGCGAGACAGGGAUUUGUAGUGACUACUAGUUGGGCAUCUACUCCAACUACUGACACCCCCAAACCAGCUGAGACACCCAAAACAGAGUCUAAGUUACCAUGUGCACCAGUGGAUGUUUCUGAAGAUCCACUUGCCAAAACAUUUGGAGACUCCCUGUCUCGGAUGAAGGUCAACCAUGUUCCCAUUGGACUUCAGCCGAGAGGACUGAUGAAUCGAGGCAACUGGUGCUAUAUUAAUGCUACUUUGCAGGCUUUAGUCUCCUGUCCGCCAUUUUACAAUGUGAUGAAAAAAUUCCCCAUUCACCCCCCUGUAAGACGGGGCAAAAGCUGCACACCUAUCUUAGAUAGCAUAGUCCAGUUUGUUCAUGAAUUCCAUCCAUGUGGCAGACCUACAGAAAGGGGAAAGAGGACCUUGACAGACUUGACCCCAGGGCCUGCCUUUGAGCCAACCAAUGUUUACAAUAUGCUUCAAGUCAUUGAGGCAAACAAGUCAUUUAAGCUUGGAAAGCAAGAAGAUGCUGAGGAAUUUCUCAGUUGUAUUUUAGAUGGAUUACAUGAAGAAAUGUCCACUCUCAUCAAAUUUGCCAAUGGUACAUCUACAGCUUCUGCUGCUUCCAAUGGCAGUGUAGCAGAAGAUGUGGUUGUGGAUGAGAGCUCUGAGGACGCAGGAUCCGAUUCCUGGGAGCAAGUGGGGCCCAAAAAGAAAAGUGUUUUAACACGACGAGCAACUUUUGAGAAAACCCCUUUAGCUGAGAUUUUUGUGGGGUAUACAAGAUCAGCCCUUUAUAAAGCUUCAUCUAAAGACUCUGCCACCUUACAGCCAUUCUUCACUCUUCAGUUAGACAUUCAGUCAGAUAAAGUUUACUCUGUGAAAGAAGCCUUGGAAGGACUGGUAUCAAGAGAGUCGGUAUCAGGGUUCACUUGCUCCAAAACUAAAGCAGAGGUAGAUGUUGUGCGACAUUUGACCUUAGAAGAACUCCCCCCUGUGCUGAUCCUUCAUCUUAAAUUCUUUGUUUAUGAUAAAGAUGGAGGAAGCCAAAAACUAUUAAAGAAUUUGGAGUAUGGCAUUGACCUUGAAAUUACCAAAGAUUUAUUGUCCCCUAAUGUUCGGAACAAGCUCCAGAUUCAUCAGAGGUCAUACAAACUCUUUGCUGUGGUGUACCAUCAUGGGAAGAAGGCUACAGGAGGCCAUUACACAACUGCUGUGUUUCAUCCCGCCAUCAAUAACUGGAUCAUGAUUGACGAUAGUUUAGUCAAGCAUGUGUCAGUUGGUUCAGUCUUAAAGACUGUCCCAGGUCGUGUACCGUAUCUUCUGUAUUACAGGCGCAUAGACAUGCACUAAAGAGAAAGGGUAUGGAGUCACGUUCUGCUUGAUACAAGGAGGGGAAAGAAAUUGACUUGAAAAUUUGUCUAAAAUUUAAAUAGACCAUAUAUUUGUAUACCGUGAGAAAUGUGUUGAUUAAUUUGAAAUUACACCUGUAUUUCUUGUGGAGGUGAAAACAAAUAAAAGUUGUGUAGAACUUGA